AUGGCUGUGCGUUUGUCAACAAAGAUUUGGCAUGGGACAGCACUUCUGGUCUUGCUGGUUUGUGACCGGACCUGGUGCGAUCUUUGCAGAGGUGGCCCUAGACCAUCGCACACAGCGAGGCUGGCAAGGCGGGCGCCACCUGCAAAGCAGGGCGGUCCUCGUCCAACGAAUCCAGCUCGACGUCCCCGCAGAGGGUUGCAGCCACCACUUCAGCUUGUGCGUCAAGUCCCUUUGCCCGGAGUGAUAAAGACGAUCUCCAAUGGGCAGACCUUGGUGCAAUUGCUGUGGCGAGUUAGAGGUGCGCAGCAGCUCUCACCGUUUACGGGCAUUCUGCUGCAGGCACCAAGAGCUUCAAGGCUCCAGGAGGGAAGUGAGGUGUGGGUGCAUGUGCUGCCGAUAGGAGAUCGCCUGACCUUGCGGCUUGUGGGAGACGAUGCACCUCCAGGACAGUCAGCAUUUUUCCGUCAAGUGUCCGGCCCAAAGAAGGCAGGGGCAGCCGACAAAUCCCAAGUCGAAUGGUCUCCAAAGCAGGGGCUGAAAGAUUCUCUGAACUGGAUGGAUGCCGAACCUCUUCCACACUGUUUGAAGGGUGCGGCAGCUCCGCAUUUGCAGGGCAAAGUGACACGAGUGGAUCCUUCUAUGGCCAUAGUAAGGCUGUUUUGGGAGGCACCUCCAGGUCUGUCAGAUCCGGAGCUCUCUCCUAUCGCAGCUGCACUUCCAGUAGAGGCCCUCCAAAAGUUCUUCGCCCUCACCACUGUACCAUUGUGCAGUGACUACUUGCAGGAGGGACAGUUGGUCAGCGUCCAACUUCAAGACCCGGAUGACAGUGAAGAUUUGACGGUGAGCCUAUCUCCGCUGCAGCCAAUGCCACCAAGACCGCCUCCACCAUGUGCAGGUGCGGCAGUGUCAAUGGCUUGGCAGCCCCUCUGUGGCUCCAACGCUCCUUGCCGUGUCAUCGAUGCGACAGAGGCAGCGUGGCGAAGGACCCCUGGGGAUGCCACGUCAGCCAUGGAGGAGUUUGGAUUUUCUGAGCUGUGGAAGCUGAAGACCACCAACACUCUUGCCACUUUAGCUUUUGCAGUGAGUGAGACGAAACAGGAUGUGGUCAUCACAGGGGCUAUUCCGAGGGUCGAGCGCAUGGCGCUGCUGGCGUUGCUCGUUGCGCAGCACCUGGUGGAGGCUGCGCCACAGGAGCUGGUGCUGCUGCUGGCACCCUAUGGAGAUGUUAGGCUGCAAAGCCUAGAACAAUCUGGAAAAGAUGAGGGAUUGAGAAAGCACCUUGCAAAAGUCAGGGCGCAGACGCUUGCAGGCUCACCACAUGAAGUUCUGCAAAAGCUCCUGCGACCAGGACAGAGAGAUGCAAGAACAGUCUCCCUAGUCGUGGUGGAGGGCCUGCCCACUGAUGCAACAGAGAAAAGGGCCCUGAAGAAACUGCUGUCGCUUCUCCCAAGUCAAAGACGCUGGGGUCCCACCAUCCUGUGGCACCGUGAGCCCCUGACCGGUGAGCUGCAAGUGAUGGAGGCUGCCUUGACAGCUUCACCUGCUCGUUUGAAGAUCUCCAAUGCUCUUCAUGGAGCUCAAGAGCAAGUGAAGCUGGUGCCUGAAAGCCUCGCAGCUGCAGCAAAACUGGUAGCGCAGCGCUUGGCACGGAGGCAAAGCGUUGCAAUCUUCAUCACUCGGCCCCAGAAAAUGAUGACCGAGAUAGAGAAACUUGUGCCGGAUGAGCGUUUGGAGCGAGCAAGGCUUCGCAUCAUGAAUGCCGCAUUAUACAAGUGGAGGGAAAACGACGGCAUUUUUGAUGUCGUGAUCCAUGUCGAUCCGCCACCGAACCCUUCGGAGUACUUUUCGCGGCUUGGAUCGUGCAAACAGCUUGCCAUCGUGUUCAUGGACGUCACCAAGUACCGGUACGGUGUUGAGGGGGAGAGAGGUGUUGAGAGGCUUGAGAAUGAGUGGGUGGAAUUUGCCUUCUACGCCAUGGAUCCUGCCACGGGUGAAGAUGCACACCGACUACGGCAGUUGUGCAGGGGUGAACACUACGAGAAGACGCGACUGUCGCUGUCCUUCCAGAAGGAUUUCCACGCAGAGGAUGAUAAAGAGUUGAUUUGGACAGCAGGUGUUGCAGAGACAGACACUGGAUUGAUCUUCGACGCCGGCUUUCGCACAGCCCUGGGACUAACCUUCAGUGCUUCAAAGGUUUCAGGUGUCCUCGAUCCCUUUGGGCCAGAGAAUCGGCAAGAUCUUGCAGAGCUUGCAAGCUUUGCUGAUACCCUGUUGGUUGAACACUUUGCAUCCGUGGACAUCGGCAAUUUUGUGGCCGUGCUAUCCGAACCGGGUCUGACUCGAAACAAACAGCGAGCGCAGGACUGUGUUUAUGGAGUGGUGUCCGCGCUCUACAUCCGAGGGCAAGAGCUUCUGACCCAGGGUGAUAUCAGUGCCGCUGCAGCGGAUUGGGAGAUGGCUCUGCAGUUUCUGGGGAAAGAAUUGGGGCUGGACUUCAUGGAGUCCACAGAGUGGCCGCGAUCCGCCAACAUUUUGUUAUCCUUGGCCAAGCUACAGGGAUCACCAGUGACAGAUGUGACAGCAUCACCAAUGUCUCCAUUCCAACGAGAUCAACGAGCUGGUCGUCAAGGUCCACCUGCAGUCGACACCCUGAAAGCUUGGAAGGAGGUGAAGCACCCGCCAUUGGAGCAGUCGUCAGUAAAGCUACAGGAACGAAAGCCCGAGGUGGUCGUUUAUGGUUACCAUCCUGUCCUGAUUGAGCCCGUUUCCGCCCUUUGGUCGUUGCAGGCCCUUCGCCUCCAUUGGAUUGGCGUGAGCGACAGAGACUGCGCUUUCUUCAAGCUUUGCCACAAGAGGAGCCCCCAGAGGCCAGUGCCAGCAAGGUUGAGAUACAAAAUCUACAUGUCCGACAAAGACGUUGCAGAGGUGGAACACGCAUACCGAGAUUUCUGGGACGCUGAAAUUCGAUCGGGCUUGUUGGCAGAUUUGCUGAUUUGUAUGGAGCUGCGCGAUGCCUAUUUUUUGUGGAAGGUCUCUAGAUCCAUGCAUCACACUGUUGCAACUAUCUAUUAUCCAGGCAUUAUUUUCAUGCAGGACGAGGCUAUGAGUGACUACGCAUCCAAGGUGCUGCUGGACCAAUUUCAGGAACUCAGCAGUCACGACGUGCUGCGACAGGGAGGGCUUCACCGUACAAGUGGUACAGUUGCCAUGAUUGCCCAAUCACCAUACCUCGCUGCCAGCAUCGAAUACCACACGGGGCGGCAAAUCGCGACCGUGCGGCCAUUGGCAAAUUAUUUGGAUGUCAAGUACCGCCCCAACAGCUCCACCAUCCUGGUGCUUUGUGCCAGGACGCGCCUCAUGAUGUCCCACAGUUGCCGUGGUCUUUUUCGUGAGGGCCAGCAUCGUUUGCAGAGAGGCUUGCAUCUGCGCUUGCCACCUGGUGACCGAGAUGUGGUGCAUGGCUACUCUUUUGAAGAGGUCGCUCGGUUCAGUGCAACGGUGCUAAUUCCAUGGAACAUUGCUGUGACCACGUUCCAUGAACUCUACGCCAUGAACAUGCCGUUGUUUGUUCCAGAUCGCUUGUGGCUUGCCAGGCUUUGGCCAAAGCAAAUGACCAGUUAUGGCCGGAGCCAUCCCAAUUUGCACCAACAGCUCCGACCCAGUCCAAGUGGUUCCAGUGAUUCCCGUCGUCCAAGUCAUCCAACUCCAUAUCCGUCCUUGGAUCAUGUGGCUCAGGACUUUCCCACCAUGCUCUACUGGGCCGGCUACGCCUUCCUUGAGAUGCCUGGGGUCCAGGUUUUUGCAUCGAUUCCCCAGCUGCUGUGGUCCCUGAACAGCGGGGCUUAUAACUUGGAGAAGAUGUCGCAAGAGAUGAAGGAAGAGACCAGCAAGGCGGCCCAGGAGGUCAUACCUUUCUGGGCCGCACUGAUGGAAGAACUGACCGAUACAGUGGAUCAAAGUGGAAAAGUCAGAGGAUCGACGGAUCGAUGGAGCGACUAUGAGCGACUGGAUUGUUUGAGUUGUUGA